AUGAUGCACCUUGCUAAGCUUCUCCAUGCCAGAGGCUUUUACAUUACUUUUGUCAACACUGAAUUUAACCAUGAGCGUAUUACUAGAUCAGGAGGAGCCAUGGAAUUGAACAAUUUGGAGGAUUUUAAGUUGGAAUCGAUCCCUGAUGGCUUGCCGCCAAACCAUGGCCGGACCCAAGAUGCCGCAGGCCUCAUUGAUGCAACGAUGAAGAAUUUCUUCAGUCCUUUCAGGGAUUUGGUUUCAAAACUCAAUGACUCCAUACAAGUCCCUCCGCUUACAUGCAUAAUUUCGGAUCUCAACUUUACGCAGGUUGUUGCAGAAGAGCUCGGGAUCCCAAGGAUUUGUUUGUGGGUGACAAGUAGUGCUGCUUUUUGGGGUUUCUUGCACUACUCCGAACUUAUCAAAAGAGGAAUUGUGCCAUUCAAAG